CUCACGCGUAGGCAUUCGAACAAAUGGCUAGCGAGCUAGCUAGGUGCUUAAUACAAAGAGCGAUGUUAUACGGUUUGAGCUGUAGCUAGCUCGCUCGCAUGCGCAUAAUGGAUUGCUAACCAAAAAGAGGAAAUUAUUAUUGAUGGAGUUUUGUCCGUGAAGAAAAUGGAGGCUGCAGUUGGUUCACCGAUGGGGGGAAGCGAUAAGUUAUGUUAACGGAAAGAAACGCUAGCUAAAUAACUUGCCAAUUAGCUAACGCUUUUCUAGGCAUUUGGAAGGAGGAAAACUGGUCACCGAUGGCCUUCCCCAAUGUUACUGGUGGAAAAUAACUUCUCUAACUUUAGCUGGCGUUCGUAAAAAUCAAAUAAAUCCUUUGGAAUUUUAACCUGGCCGUCGUUCAUUUGUCCCUGAAGUCAAACGAACCAAAAAUUAAAAGAAGUCUGUGUUAGGUUGUUAGACUGUGUUUUUACGGAGUAGAAGCCGGGUACGCCAUGAAUAUGAGAUCUACUGUGUUUGCCACUGCUGGAUAUAAACUGGAUUCUGAGAAAAUCGACUCGGACAAAUCGCAAGCCGCAACCACCAACUCUAUCGGCAUCAAGAGGGAGCCUUGCGACUUCGUAAUCGACGUUCACGACGUGCUUGGAGACAUCCACAACAACGGGGGCGGUCAGCAACUUCUGAAAUCCAAGAAACUGAAUCUGAAUCACGCAAGUAAAGCCGCUCGGACCCCUGUGGCGGCUGGACUGAACAAAGCGGGGGCAGUGGUAGGACAGGAGGAGAAUUGGGUGAGCUUGGGCGCCCUGACAGCCCCAGAUAAACAGAUGGGGGGCGAGGGCACCCCGGUAAAGAGCAAAACCCUAUUUGGACAGACAAACAGUAUGGAUAAGACGGACCCAGCCGCCGUGAACGCUAACAGCAGCUCCCGGGACAUUGCAACCGAGGGAAGUGACAGGGGGGUUAUGGCUGCAGGAGUUCACAACACACCAUCGCUCGAGCUCAGCUCGGAAGGCAAGUGGAAAAACGUCCGGAAAACUACCAGCCACUCCCCGACUCAAGCUACAUGUCUCCGCCAGAUCCUAUUGCUGCAACUGGACCUGAUAGAACAACAGCAACAGCAGCUGCAGUCCAAGGACAAGGAAAUAGAUGAGCUCAAAGCGGACAAGGAGACGCUGUUGGCCCGUAUAGAGCGUAUGGAACGCCGUCUGCAGCUGGUAAAGAAGGACUCUCGUGACAAACGGCUCUUCCAGCCACUAGAACCCUGGACACCUGACAGGGAGGAUUUUCUGGAAGGAGGAUCAAGCGAAAGCCCACAAAUCCACACCCCUAAGGCCAUCUCCUUUGGCAGAGGUGGCAAAGGCCAUAAGAGGAAGUUUUGUUUCCUUGACUCCAAGACACCCAAGUCACGGGGGAAGUCCUCCAAGUUCUCCCCACAGAAGUCAGACUCUGAGGUAGGCUCUCCCUUCCAAAGGGAACUCCGCAGCAAGGAAACCCCAGAGAAGAUGGGAGUAUCCCGGCCCCUGAUGCAGGGAGACACUCCACCAGCAGUCAAGGAGGAUCCCCAGAGCACUGCUGCUCAGAUGGGGGAGCUACCUUACAUGUCCACAACUGAGAUGUACCUAUGCCGCUGGCACCAGGCGCCCCCUUCCCCCCUGCGCGAACCUUCACCCAAGAAGGAGGAGAUUGUGGCCAUCCCUUCCUGGAGAGAUAACUGCAUGGAUCCCCUGGAGGAGGAGGCUAUCGCUGACAUCCCUGAGAAUUUGGAUGACAGUGUGUUUUUGAAACGUCACGCAAAGCUAGAGCUGGAUGAGAAGAGAAGGAAAAGGUGGGACAUUCAGAGGAUCCGUGAACAGCGCAUGUUCCAGCGGCUUCAGCAACGCAUGAACAAGAAGAAGGGCAUCCAAGAGAGUGAGCCAGAGGUGUUGUCCUUCUACCCAGAUACUGAGGACGUGGAGUCCCUGAUGAUCACACCCUUCCUGCCUGUGGUAGCAUUUGGCCGACCAUUGCCCAAACUGGCACAACAGAACUUUGAGCUGCCUUGGCUGGAUGAGCGCAGCCGCUGCCGCAUUGAGAUGCAGAAGAAGCAGACUCCCCACCGGACCUGCCGGAAGUGAGAUAAUGUCUUCAAACCUAUUCAAGAGUGAAACUUAAUUCUGCUACACUGGAAAAAUACUUUUUUUUUGAGAGCCAAGCAGAAGAGUCUGACUGAGUCAGCACUAGUGUAGCGCUUUGUGUGGCCUGUCUGGUCUGGAAGCAUGGGCCAACUCUCUGACCAUCAGCCUCUUUUGGAUGAGGAUGAGGCGCUUUCUGGUGGCAGCAGCCAGCUGAUCUUGGUUCACCAUUGUCUCAAUUUAAAACGGAGCAGCCACACUUCAGUACUGUUAAAAUGCAACAGAAUGUGUACCCAUGCUAAUUAUAAUAACAAAAAUUUGAAACCCCUUGUGUAACUUCUAAGCUUAUGGGCAAUGUUGCAUGUACCCAUGACAAAGAGAGCUCUCUUUACAGUUCCCACGCGAUUUACUGUGGGGUUGGUCUUGGACAUAUUAACUUUAAAAAUAGAAUGAAUCCCCCCAAACCUUUAGUUUCUUGUCUGUGUUUAUGCUGUGUAAUGUUGUUUGUGUUGCCACAGAGCUUUAGAGCUUUCACAUUUGCACUAAUGCACACUAGUGUGAACACUGGCUUCCUAAUCCAUUCAAGCUAAAUUGGUUUCAGCCAUAGCUGUUACAUCAAUGCAUGGCUCACACAUGUAAGUUCACACAUCCUAGUAUAUUAUUGUGCACUUCAGACUGGCUGGGAAACAGUAUAAGAAAUUACUUUAAUUGAGACUCAUGUCAACCGAAAUGGAGAUUGUGGAAGGUGCAGUUUCAGGGCUCAACCAUGGUGACAGCAGGGUUUGCUUGCAAAUAGCAGAUGACACUCAAACUGCUGUGGCACCAGCCAGUCAAUCUGGAAGAUUCCAGAGUUGGAAUUUCUCCAAGAAGCUUCCCAUAUUGUACAGUAGCUUAACCAGAAAUUGGAAUGAUUGGUGAAAACUGGAGUAAUUUCAUCUUGGACAGUGUUUCUCAACCCUGGUCCUGGGGAUGCACUGUGCAUGCUUGUUUUUAUUUCAACCAUAAUAACAAGCUGUUUUGUAACAAGCUGUUGCAAAUAAUUCCAAUUGAAAUAGGUUUCAUUUUUAAUUGCAAUUGAUUCAAACAGGACCCAACUCAUCUGAAAUUAGUUGGGUCCUAUUUGCUGAGACUGUGGAAACCUGACAAAAAUCAGUGUAAAAUGAAUGGAGUUUACUGAAAGCAAAUGGCUACAAACUGAACCUGCUUUGUGCUUUGAUAAAAACCAGCAUACAGAGUAGGUGCCCAGGACCAAAAACCACUGCUCUAUGAUAUUGUGAAACUCACUCUACAUGUUUUAUACACAUUAUCACUGAAAGAGGUGGUGAUCAGCCUUUUACAUUUAAAAGGAUUUACCAGGACAGCAGUUCUGUCAUUUGUAAAUCCAGGAGUAGAAGCUCUUGCCCCAUAUAUCCCAACUACACAAUACCGAAAUGUCCUGUCCUAUACUUUGGGUUUACUUUUGUUUCCCUUUCUGUAAAAUUCUGUAUUUUGCACUUCAGAAAUCAUAGCAAUUAAUACAUUCUGAUAAGCAGUUGUGUUGAUUCAUGGAAAAAAAACCUUUCUGAACAUGCAAAAUAAUGAUAAAAUGAACAAAGUCUACAGUCAAGUGGGUUGAUUUUAAAGAAAUUCAUAUUAUGCAUGCAUGCCCCUUGGAUGUUAAUUUCUGCUGUACAGAGAUCAGCAUUUUGGACUGUUUGGUUUGCUUUCCUCUCGUUUACAAAAGGAUUGUUUUGUGUCUUUAAAUCUGACAUUUUAGUGUUCUGCCUGGUGUACCCAAAGAUGUGCAGAUAUUUGCUGACUGGUCAACUGAGGUUGGCAUUUUUUGGCAGUAUAGAUUAAAGUAUGGUAUACAUGGGCCUAAUACUUAUCUGUGAGUUGAGUGGAAAACAAUUCAUAGUAUACUUUGAUUUAACAAGGAUCAUUGUUUGGGCACAAAUUGUAUUAAAAUUACUUCUAGUAACUGAUUUGGGUGUGUGUUACGUUCAAGUGGAAUACUACCUUAAAGUAGCAUUAAAUAGAAGACUGGAGAAGUGUAUGUCUCUGUUUGACUGGAAUGUGAUGUUUGAACUUGCUGGGUACACCUGUGUGUGGAUGCAUGCUGGUAUCUCACUGCUUUUUUGAGAAUUUUUACUGGUUUGUUUAACUAUGGUACCAUACUGAGGUCUGCAGGAUUAACACCCAGUAGAUAAUCUGCAUCGCACUCAUUCUCGGUUAAAACUGUAGUGGGCCUUCUCUGAGCUUCUGAGAGACUCAAUGCAGGCAUGAUACUUUAAAUUUAAUCUGAUGAUUAACUGAAAGGUAUUAUAUGAUAAAUAUUUUGUGAAUUCUAAAUGGGUCUAUUUCUAUUGAAAAACGUUAACCUUUGUUCUUUAUUGUUGUGUUUCUGAUUGUUUAGAAGCCCCCACCAAUCUUAUUUCUUAGUGACCAUUGGGUGUGCCCCUGGAGACCUCAGUCACAAAAAAGCUUGUACUGCACCUAAAAACUCUGCACAUGCAUUACAUGUUUUGUAUUCUUGGAUUUUGUCAGCCGGUUCUUGUAGCAAAUGCAACAUCAACAUUUGUGAGCAGAUUAUGGUUUUGUUCACUGUUUGCCCCUAAACCAGCUACUGUUGUGUUUAGGAGUUAAUCAAGAUGCUUAGCUCUUUUGAUUUUGUUGCUUUGUUCUUUUACAGAUUUUAGUGACCUUCGCUGGUGUUAUGUCUUGUUCCUGUUGAUGCAGUGCUUGUGUUGCUGUGUGCUGCCCUAUCGCUUUUCCAUUUAACUGCUGGUAUGAUAGCUACUCCUCUCACCACUGCAACGCUACAGAAGACAAAUAAAACUAGAUUUUAGAAAUGUAAAAUUGGCCUUCUGUAUAUAGCUUCCAGAAAAACUUUGUACAUAUGGAAGACAUGGCUGUUAUUUUUUUAUUAUUUAAAGUCUGAGUGUUCAGUAUGUUCAGUAUUGAUAUUAUGUUAAAAAUGCUUGUAUGUUGACAAAAUAAUUGACAAAAGUUUAAUUGUUUUGCAAUAAAAUACAAAAUUCAGAGAA